AUGAUACAGGCAAGCUUCAAGAAGAAUCCUGCUCAAGCGCAAGCGACCUUUAAGUCCGUGUCGGAAUUGAAGGAUGGCCUGGUGAGCAGCGGGCAGCUCCGAACCUUCCAGAUCAAAGCCGAUGAGCCGGAGAGCUUUGGAGGAACCGACUCAGCUCCGAAUCCCGUGGAGGUCCUCCUGUUUUCUCUCGGUGCAUGCCAGGCAGGGCAAGGAAAGAAGGAGGAGAUCACCACCAAGGCCUUUGCCAAUGCCAUGGGAGUGCCCCUGAAGCGGGUCUCCGUGGAGCUUCAAGGACACAUUGACCUUCGAGGUUUCUUUGCCGUGGAUGAAAGCAUCCGAGCAGGUUUCAACAAGAUUGAGGGCACCUUCACGGUGGAGUCCCCUGCAGACACGGAGACGAUCGAGAAGUUGAAGGCUGCAGUGGAUGCUCAUUGUCCAGUGAAGGACAUGUUGCAGGCCGUUCCAAUGGAGGUGAAACUGAAUCACAUCCAAGUGUGA